AUGGAUAUACAAUUAAAAGUAGCAACAUUGAAUUGUUGGGCUAUAAAAGUACCUCUUUUUGGUUCAAAAGAUCGUGAAAAAAGAAUAAAAGCAAUUGCUGAUUAUUUGCAUGACUCAGAUUAUGAUAUUGUAGCUUUUCAAGAAUUAUGGGCUGAAUCUGAUUACAAUUAUAUAUUAGAUGUUGUUAAAAAGAUUUUUCCAUUUACUCACUAUUUUCAUAAUGGUUAUACUGGUUCAGGAACUUGUAUUUUUAGUAGACAUCGAAUAAUUUCAACUUUUAAACAUUGUUAUUCAUUAAAUGGAUUUGCUCAUCAUAUCCAUAGAGGAGAUUGGUUUGGUGGAAAAUUAAUAGGAAUGGCAGAAAUUCAAGUGGGAAGUAUUAAAAUUGCUUUAUACACAACACAUCUUCAUGCAGAAUAUGAUAGAAAAAACGAUACAUAUUUACCUCAUAGAAUUAUUCAAGCAUAUGAAGUUGGUCAAUUUGUAAGAUACUCUUCUAGAGGAGCUGAUGUUGCUAUAGUUACAGGAGAUUUUAAUAUUGAACCUGAUGAUUUGGCAUACAAAUUAAUAAUGGAUAUUGCUGAUUUAAAAGACUCAUGGAUUGAGAAACCAAAUUAUGUAGAAGAUUCUGGAAUGACUUGUGAUAGACAUGAUAAUUGUUAUACUCAUUCUAGUUUAAUUAAAGAAAAUCCAAAAGGAAAACGAUUAGAUUAUAUAUUUUUUAAAGAAUGUGUUGGAAAUAUUUCACUUAUUUCAUGUGAGAAUUGUUUUGAUAAAAUUCCAGGCACCAAUACAAAUUAUUCUGAUCACCUUGGUGUUGUAUCACAUUUUAGUAUUAAAGAAGCCGUCCGCCAAAUCCCUGAAAAUACUGCUCUUACCCUAGAUUAUGAUAUGAUGAAUGAAGCUUUACAUAUUCUUGAUAAAGGACAACGACGUGCUAUGAAUGACAGAAAAAUAUUCUCUUUGUCUUCAUUUUUUUUAAUUAUAAUUCUUAUAAUAUCACUUUGGUUUGAUAAUAUAUUUGGUUUUCGUAUUAUAAUGGAUGUUUUAAGAUUCAUUACAGCAAUAGUUUUUGCCUUUUUUGUUUGGCAUACAUUAGUUAUUCUAAGAAUUGAAUUAAAAGGACUGAAAGAAAGUAGAGCCACUUUUAAAGAAUUGAUGCAUAAAAGUCCUGAAAGUAUCAAUGACAAUCUAUCAGGUGAACUUUCUGCUUAA